AUGCAGCUUGACACAGCCAACGCCGCCAUAGUACAGCAACAAGUACGGCAGCAUCGUGAUACUGGUACGUGCGACGUACGACGACGACGUUGCCACGUCGACGACAAGAAGGGGAAGCUACUUACGGUGAAGAGAGACGAGCUGAUCAGCAUGGGCAGGCCGUCCAUCGAGGCGGCGGCGAUGGCGGGCGCCGACUGGGCGCAGUACCAGUACAGCCUCGACGACGACGACGACGAGCCGCCGGAGCACCUGCGGGCCUUCGAGGCGUUCCUGGAGACGGUGGUGCCGCCGGACAUGGCACUGGCGUUCGGGCGCGACGAGGCCGCGCGGGCCCGGGCCCGGCGCGGCCGCCGGGAGGACGUCCAGGAGAAGCUCAAGCUGUGGGCCAAGGCUGUGGCCAGGGACGCCAGCAGCCACGGCGUCGCGCUCGGCUCCCAGUCCCAGCGCCGGCGGCACCAGGCUGCUGCCUCGCCGCGCCUUAUUGCCCACGCGCGCGAGCCGGUGGCGAUCCUCGCGAGGCCGCCGGCGCCGGGCGAGCCCGCAGCAGCAAGCUCGCACGCUCGCGGCAGCAAGGAGAAAGGCGGCGGCGCCCAGAUCUUGCCAGGGCAGGCCCGAGUGGUAGGCGAGCUGGGCGUCCAUACGAAGGCGCAGCUAGCUCCGAGUCCGAGCCCUCGCUCGGUAAGGCGAGGCGAACCUUGCCAGAGCAACCAACCACUACCGAAACAGGACAUCAAGUGUAUAUACGGUGUCUGACAG